AUGACUAACGGAGGCGAUCCAAUUCAACCUUCAAAUGUCAUUCCAGAGAAGGAUACUGGUUUAUCCCCUACCAGUCCCUACUACGUGCACCCUUCUGAUAAUCUGACAUCACUCAUCUAUUCUCCCUUGCUCACAAGUGACAACUACUGCACCUGGGGUCGAGGUAUGAUGAAGGCACUAAGUGCAAAAGGCAAAACAGGAUAUAUUGAUGGAACAGUGAAAAAGCCUACUAAUGCAACAGAUCUCGCUCACUGGACGAGAUGUGAUGACUUAGUAGGUAGAUGGAUAUCUAAUUCAGUGGAUCCUGAAAUCCGUUCAAGCACUCAGAACUUCUCGUCUGCACAUGAACAGUGGUUAGAUAUCAAAUCUAGAUUUUCUCAUCACAAUGCAUCAAAGCUAUACGCUUUAAAACAAUCCAUUGCUCUGUUGAAACAAGAUAACCUGAGUGUUGCCAUGUAUUAUACUCGGUUGAAAUCACUCUGGGAUCAAUUGGAUGCUUUCCGACCAAUUGAGCCUUGCAUAUGCGGAGCAGGGUUUACAUGA